GACAAAUUACAGUUUUAUAUUGGUAUAUAAUGUUCUCAUUGUUUUUCAAUUAUAUUUACAGAACUGAGAAACCCAUGGCUAUGGCUUCUCUUGGGAAUCUCUACAAUAUAUCAUCAGUUCUGUUACUUCAAGGCUUGGAAUUGCCUCUGGUGGCCAGUCUUCCUGCAUUCCUCUUUGCCAUGCUAAGCUAUAUGAUCAUUCUUUUCUGCAACUUUAUUCUGCUGAUCACCAUCAUUUUGAAUAAGAGCCUACAUCAGCCGAUGUAUCUACUGCUGUUAAACCUACCCAUCAAUGACAUUGUGGGAUCCACAGCCCUUCUUCCACAAAUAAUCAAUGAGCUCAUGUGGGACACCAGAACCAUGGAGUUUUCAACAUGUGUUACACAAGCAUUCUUUAUACAUGUAUAUGGAGUAGGUGCAGUGUUGAUUUUGAGUGCUAUGGCAUAUGACAGAUACAUGGCCAUAUGUUUACCUCUAAGGUAUAACACAGUCAUGACCCAUGGCCAUAUCAUGAAAGUAAUCUCUGUUGUAUGGAUUCUUAAUUUUAUUUUAAUAGCUAUACUUUUUUACCUCCUUCUGCGUUUGCCUCGAUGCAAGUCUCAAAUGACUCACUCAUAUUGUGACAACCCUUCUCUUUUGCAGCUGGUUUGUGCAGAUACAACUGUUAACAAUAUCUAUGGCCUCCUUAUCACAGCUAUCACCCAAAUAAUUGGAGUGGGACUUAUAUUAUUUACUUAUCUUCAGAUUCUUGUGGCCUGUUUUAGAAACAAGAGGUCUGACACAAGAAGCAAAGCUCUGCAAACGUGUGCCACCCAUUUAAUAGUCUUUCUCAUCUUAGAGUGUUUGGGACUGUUUACAAUAAUUUCCUACAGAUUGAAAGACUUAUCUUCAAGUUCCAGAAGAUUUAUAGGGGUUACCACCCUCAUUUUCCCUCCAAUCUUGAAUCCAAUAAUCUAUGGCCUUAAAACCAAAGAAAUCAGAAUGAAUAUUAUGAAGUUUUUUUGGCAAAAGGUUUUACCCUUUUAAACAAUGCCUGCUCUGGUUUCAUAGAUGAUUUAAAAGAUAUGUACUCCUUUCUCUGUACAGAAAUUUAUCUUAGCAAUCUGUUCAUUUGUUUUUACAGCUAGAUCUGCCAGCUUGUUUUUUUUUUCUUUAUAUCUUGAACAGAUGUGUACACACACACACACACACACACACACACACACACACAACUCAGAGGAGCCUUAAUGUUCUUCUGGAUUAGCAGUGGUUUUCACCUCACCACUCUUCCAUGGAUGCCAUUUUUGCCCAGUGGCUUUUUGGAGUCAUGAAUAGUGACCUUUAUUGAUGCAAGAGAGGCCUGUAGGUCAUUUGAUGUUGUCCCUGUGUCUUUUGUAACUUCCUGGAUGAGUAGUCGCUGUGCUCUUGGAGGGAUUUUGGAAGGUCGCCCACUUCUGCAAAGGUUCACUACUGUGCAGAGUUUUUCCAUUUGGAGAUAAUGGCUGUCACUGUGGUUCUUUGGAGUCUCAGACUGAUGUAUUUCAAUCACCUUCUUCCUCAUCAUUUCUGGAAAUUCUUUAAAUUUUGGAAUAGUGUGUUACUGAGUGAGACCUCUUAAGCAACUUCAUGCUGUUGAAAUGUUAUAUUUAAGUGUUGAUUUGAUUGAACAGAGUUUGCAGUAAUCAGGCCUGGUUGUGUCUAGUCCAGCUGAACCCCAUUAUGAAUGCAGUUUGAUAGAUUUGGGGAAUUAGUAACUAUGGGGUCAAAUACAUUUUCAUAUAGGCCCAGUUGGUUCAAUAAAUAACUAUCAUUUAAAAACUGUAUUUUGUGUUUACUCAGGUUGCCUUUGUUUUAUAUUACAUUUUGUUUUCAUUUCUGAAACAAUUUAUUGUUUAUUUAUUGUUUAUAAUAUUUAUUAUUAUUUACUACGAGAUAUAGACAAAAACAGAAGAAAUCAGAAAAUACUUUUUCACAGCACUGUACUUAGUGUAUUCACCAAAGAUAUUUGGGUAAGAUCAUUAGUGUGAUAUACUAUACAUGGUUGAAUGUUUCUAUAAUUUAUGUGUAAUUAUCACUGUAACCCGCAGAUGAACUAAUUAGAAAGGUCACAGCAAUGUCUGAAAA